GCAACGUACAAACAAUAGAAGAUAAUAGCCUGCGGCGCGGCGCGCGGUAUCAUUCAAAACACAGAACCAAACCAUUCCUUGCCGCCACCUCUCUCCUCCAUCGAUCCAUCAGCAGUCCCUCUCCAGUCUCACUGGAACAAACUACAUGUCUGAAAUUGUUGGAAAGAAGCUUGCCGCUAGGCCAUCACUUUGGAAUGAAGACGUGGAAGAAGCCUACAGAUUCCAGCUGGCAGGCUACCGAGAUGAGACAGAGUACCUAACAGUUAACAGUGGCAAUGCAGUAGACCGCUGGCCACACAACAACUAUGUCAAAAAAUUACAACGGAAAGAUGGUCGUUUCUACUACUUCAGCAGGGCAAGGGAGUGUCUGGAGAAGGACUUACCUAAAGUCAAGCUCUAUAACGACUAGAUACUCAUGAGCACCAUGUUUUAAUACUAGUGCAAAUGUUGAACAUUGUUGGCGAG